UAUUGUUUUAUUUGAAAACAGGUGAAUAAAUGGCUACAAUAUACACAACAAUAAUUAAGGACAUCACUCCAACUACAGAAAGUUGGAAGAUUGAAAUGAGAGUGUUAGAAAAAUCUGGAAAGCGGACAAGCAAGAGUUCACCACUCAAAUAUCAAAAGCUUAUGUUAGCAGAUAAAAAGGGUAAUGAUGUUGAAGCAGUAAUAUUUGGCACUGAAAUUGAUGCUAGAGAAAACACUUUGGAAGUGUUCCACACUUACUACAUCAGCAACGCCUAUGUAAAAAAAACAGUCCCACCUUUCUAUAAAAAGCAAGACUACAAAUAUUCUUGGACAGUGAACUCAAGAACAGAAAUCGAAGAAAUCCAAACAGAAGACAACCAGGUAUCAGCACCAAACUAUGAUUUCAUUCCGUUUAGCAACCUGCAUACACCUAAAGAAUUCAGCAAACCAAUAGAUAUUUUGGCUAUUGCUCUUAAAAUGAACCCACCAAAAGAAGUCAACACUCCCUAUGAACUACAUACAAUUCAAGAGAUAUAUUUAAUUAAUGAAAGGUAA